CCUUACCAGCAAGUGACAGUCCUUUAAAUGACGGUGAGUGCAUGUGCUGCUGCAGCGUUCUGAUAUCAUACAAAAAUCCAGUAGGUUAUUGCGCUAAAUCUAAAGGGAAAACGUACAGCCUACUUGUACAAAAAAACAGUAUACAUCUUGAUGCGGCGUUAGAUAUUUUGUGAUAAUGAAGAAAUAAAAUCCUUGAAUAUUAAAUAUACAUUGCCAGCAUAUUAACUUUUAUUCUUCAAUCAAAAGAAGUGUCUGUUUUUAAAAGAACCUGUAUUACAAAGGGACUCGGCCAGAUCAGACUUCUCCCCUUCCCCCUAUACCAAUAGACAUUUUCAUCCCUUUGUACUUGUUUGCUAAUCAAAUGCCCAAAAACAGCAAAGUCGUCAAGAGAGAGCUUGACGAUGAUGUCACAGAGUCUGUCAAAGAUCUGCUUUCCAAUGAAGACCCUGUUGAUGAUUCUUUCAAAAAAAGUUCAUUAAUAGUAGAUGAUGUCCAGGAAGACAAGGAAAGAGACAUUGAAGAAGGUUCAGACACUGAGGAGGAAAGGCCUGCCUGGAACAGCAAACUGCAGUAUAUUCUGGCUCAGGUGGGCUUCUCUGUAGGCCUGGGCAACGUCUGGAGAUUUCCAUACCUCUGUCAGAAAAAUGGUGGAGGUGCGUACCUAGUUCCUUAUUUCAUCCUAUUGGUGGUGAUAGGGAUUCCACUGUUUUUUCUCGAACUGGCAGUAGGCCAGCGAAUCAGAAGAGGAAGCAUUGGAGUGUGGAAUUACAUCAGCCCACGCUUGGGAGGGAUAGGAUUUGCGAGCUGUGUGGUCUGCUUUUUUGUUGCUCUCUACUACAAUGUCAUUAUCGGAUGGAGCCUCUUCUACUUUUCACAGUCCUUCCAACAGCCUCUGCCAUGGGACCAGUGUCCGCUGGUCAAGAACAACACCAAUACAUUUGUGGAGCCUGAAUGUGAAAAGAGUUCUGCAACCACUUUUUACUGGUACAGAGAGGCACUGGAUAUCUCAGACUCUAUCUCUGAGAGUGGAGGCCUCAACUGGAAGAUGACCGUCUGCUUACUUGCUGCGUGGGCCAUGGUGUGUCUGGCUAUGAUUAAAGGAAUCCAGUCUUCAGGCAAAGUGAUGUACUUCAGCUCCCUGUUUCCCUACGUGGUACUGAUCUGCUUUCUUGUAAGAGCUCUUCUCCUGACAGGAUCUGUAGAUGGCAUCCGUCACAUGUUCACCCCCAAGCUUGAGAUAAUGCUGGAGCCAAAGGUAUGGCGUGAGGCAGCCACUCAGGUGUUCUUUGCACUUGGUCUUGGAUUUGGAGGCGUCAUUGCCUUCUCCAGCUACAACAAGCGGGACAACAACUGCCACUUUGAUGCUGUGUUGGUGUCUUUCAUAAACUUCUUUACUUCCAUCCUGGCAACAUUGGUGGUAUUUGCUGUUCUUGGGUUCAAAGCAAACAUCAUGAAUGAGAAAUGUGUUGUCCAGAACACAGAAAAGAUUGUAGCACUGCUUGGCAGUGGCAUCCUAAGCAAUAACCUGAUUCCCCAGCACAUCAAUUUCAGCCAUGUGUCUUCAGCUGACUAUUAUCAGAUGAUAGACAUUAUCAAAGGAGUAAAGGAAAAUGACUAUACCUCUCUGGGACUUGAUUCAUGCAGUAUUGAGGAUGAACUGAACAAGGCAGUCCAAGGCACAGGCUUAGCUUUCAUUGCCUUCACUGAGGCCAUGACUCAUUUUCCCGCUUCUCCAUUCUGGUCAGUUAUGUUCUUUCUCAUGCUUGUCAACUUGGGUCUUGGAAGCAUGUUUGGGACCAUUGAAGGGAUUAUUACUCCCAUUGUAGACACAUUCAAAGUGCGAAAGGAGUUCCUAACAGUUGGAUGCUGUCUCUUGGCUUUUAGUAUUGGCCUUAUCUUUGUUCAGCGUUCUGGGAAUUAUUUUGUAGCUAUGUUCGAUGACUACUCUGCCACCUUGCCACUUCUUAUUGUCGUCAUCCUGGAGAACAUGGCAGUAGCAUGGAUCUAUGGAACAGACAAAUUUUUUGAAGAUCUUAAAGACAUGCUUGGAUUUUCCCCAUUCAAAUUUUACUACUACAUGUGGAAGUAUGUUUCUCCCCUAGUUUUACUUGCCUUGCUUGUAGCAAGUAUAAUUCAGCUGGUAAUGACCCCUCCAAGUUACAGCGCUUGGAUAGGAGAGCUGGCUAAAGAGAAAUCUCUCAGCUACCCACCAUGGGGCCUGGCUGUGUGUGUUUCAUUGGUUGUCAUGGCAAUUCUUCCUGUUCCUGUUGUCUUCGUUCUUCGUUACUUCAACCUCGUUGAGGAAGGCUCCAGCAGCCUGUCAUCUGUAUCUUACAAGAAAGGAAGGAUCAUAAAGGAGAAUGCCAGUCCUGAAGAUGAUGACACAAGUCUAAUCCAUGGAAAAAGUCCCAGUGAGAUGCCUUCCCCAAUGCCUGGCAAAAGUAUCUACAGAAAGCACAGUGGCUCCCCAACAAUAGAUAUGGAUACUGCUCCCAAUGGCCGCUAUGGAAUCGGGUAUCUCAUGGCUGACAUGCCAGACAUGCCAGAGUCGGACUUGUAGUUCUUCCAUAAAGAAAGAAAAGACAAACAACUUUACUAAGCAUAUUGUAUGUAUAUAAGCGUGCACUUACAGUAGCUGUCUGUAAACAUCUGCAUAUAAUAACUGUAUAUCUUGUAGAUAAUUUAGCACUUGUUAUGUGUGUGCACUAAUUUCCUUGUCUCUCAUAAAUACCGAAGAGUUACUAGUUUUGCUAAAGAAUGGCUGUAUAUAGUGAUUUUGCCGCAGAUAUGCCAGGCAUCGCACAACUGAACACAAAAAAGCAAGUUUGGUUUAGAACGCACAGCAGUAAGAUAAGAUACGAAGCAAGGACUCUGGUUUUAUUAUUUCUUUUUUGUGUAAUUACAAAACAUUGUCAAAGGUAAAGGAUGAUAAAUUCAACUGAUUGUUCUCAAAAAAUGUGUGCCUAACAACUUCUGAUAUUUAUUGUUUAUAGAAUACUUAGUGGACUUAGUAUAUUUAUAUGGUAUUCUGUAAAUAUAUAUAUAUAUUUAUCUGAAUUGUUUGCAAUUCAAGUUGUUUUUGUCAGAAGUACUGAGAAUGUAAAUUGUCAGUCUCUUUUGUUAAUGUGCUGUUGCUGUAAAGCAUAUUUCUUAUUCCUGUAGAAAAUACUUUUCUCCCAGUAAAUUGCUUAAAAGCACCUUUUCUUGAAGUGAGGUUAAUA